CUAAACUCAGAGAGAGAAGCGGCAAUGGCGGGGGUGGACGGCAAGGAGGAGCUAGGGAUCAUCCUGAUGCAGGCCAAGUGCGCGUCCCACAACAUCCGCCACAACCGCGACAGGAUGCUCCAGCUGCAGCUCCGGCUCCAGGAGGCCCCCGCGCCGGGCGACGACGACGAGGCGGCGCGGCGCGAGCGGCUGGAGGAGGUCGUCUCCGGCAUCGUCGACGUCUACUUCACCGGCAUCGAGGCCGGCGCGCGCUACCUCGGCUCCUGCCUCACCAUGGCCGCCGAGAACGGCGCCCGCCUCGCGCUCAACCCCGUCUUCGCCCUCAUGCCCGACGACAAGCUCUUCGACGCGCUGCUCGCGCAGAAGCUCCCCGCGCGGCCGACGACGCAGGUCGAGGCCUUCUCCCGCGUCGAGUCCGCCUUCUACGCCGUCAAGCUGCCCCAGGAGCACCUCCUCCCCCGCUGCGUCGAGCACCUCGUCAACAUCGCCCGCCCGGCCACCGCCGCCUCCGAGCCCCCGAAGAAGGUCAGCGCCAAGACCGGCCGCCGCCGCCGCCGCCGUCACGGACGAGCUCCCUCGGCUCCGGCCACCGUCGCCACCAACGAACCCCCGCAGGACAGCGGCACGACCGUGGAGGAGCGUCCGCGCGACACCAGCGGCGACAUGGAGCAGGCCCGCGCGUACCUCGACCGCGCGUGCACCGCCGUGAACCUCGCCAUCAAGCACGUCGACCUCGCCGUCAUGGUCAUCUCCAGCUUCCUCGACCCAAAGGACGUCGCCCGCUUCUCCGACUUGGCCGACGGGGGCGCUUUCCUCGGCUGAUAAGAGUGGACGGCCUGGAGGAAGAGGAGGAGGAAGCACAUCCAACAAAUCAAGCUAGUUUUGUCCACUACUUCACCUGAUCGAUGUUCAUGAUGAUGCAACCUUCCGGUUCAGUCAGAUUAACAUGCUUCGUUAGUUAAUUGGUACUCCGUAGUAGAGUCAUGGAAUGUAAUGCAAUGCAAUGUCGUAUCUGCAAUUCUGCGUUUUAUUGGGAUUCUGGAGGUGCUCCUGUUGUUUUGUGCUGUAUCCAUUACGAUCUCAGUAUAUUGUUUGAAAAUCGAAAAGUGCUCAAGGAAGAAUUUCUGAAAA